AGCGUUGGGUUGCCAACCGCGUUGUUUACAUCAACAAACCCGUAUGAAUGUAAUUGAUCACCACUGUAUUCGUUACCGUAUUAUGUUUAAUCUAUAUGCACUACGUAUUGCACGUACAUUUUCUAUGUAACUUGCGAGCGAAUUCGGAAAACGCUUUCUUGGAUCGAAGAAUUUCUCAUUAUGUCCGAAAGGGUUGGUUUCCACACACUGUUGGAAUAAAAUUUCAAUCCAUAUAGCCAUAUAGACAACAUUGCGGAAAUGGGAAAUGGAGGGUCACUGUGCAAUAAUAUUGGCCUUAAACGGCAACUUACCAUUCUUGUGGUCGGGCUAGAUAACUCUGGCAAAACAAGUAUGAGCCGAGCUUUAGUUGGAGAAACAUUAACAGACACUGUUCCCACUAUUGGGUUCUCAAAAUUUGUAACCAAACAAAAGGGAAUUACUAUUAAUAUUUAUGAUCUUGGCGGCAGCUCCAGAAUUCGUGAUAUUUGGCAUAACUAUUUUGCUGAGUGCUACGGAGUCGUCUACGUUGUUGAUGCUAGUGAUUCUCAGCGAUUGUCCGAAGCUCACGAAAAUCUAAGUUCAUUAAUGAAACACCCAAUACUUAAAGGAAAGCCUCUACUUCUGCUAGCCAAUAAACAAGAUCACUUCGAUGCUCUCGAUGAGGUGGACGUUGCCGACAAACUUCAGCUCGAACUAUUGGCCAACGUGUGCCAAACGCCUACUAGAAUUGAAAUCUGUUGCGCGACACAGGGUACCGGAAAGAACAUUGAUCCCAUUAUACGAAUUGGAUUCCAUUGGUUGGUUGAAACUAUUAUUAGGAACUUCGACAAGAUUGAUCGGCGUGUGACGAAUGAUAUAGCGGCGCAAAAAGCAAAAGAGGACAAAGAAAGGGAUUCUAGAAGAGCGAGAAUAGAAAGACUCAAGGCUUUGCAAAACGAAGUGGAAGAAACUGUUACACAGAUUUGUGUUGAUCCAUUAAAUGGCAUCAAAAACCAUUUUCAGCCCCUUGAAGAAAUAACAGAAGAAUGGAAUCUUCCUGGAUCUAUAUCGGAGACCGAUCGUCCGCAAAGCAAGGAAUCCCCCAGUGGGUUGACCGAUUUGAUGUCUCAAGCACAAAUCGACCAAACUGAAGAGUUAAAUAGUCCUGAGAUGACUGAAUUGGGACAUACCCAGAAUGACUUUCGAGGUACUAUUUCGGCUCCCAGCGAAAUGACCGGAUCCAAUUCUGUAAAAGUUCCUGUGUUAAGCCGAAACGAUCAAAUUAGCUCUGCAUCCCCUACAGCUAAAAAACUUAAUCAGCGCAGCAACGGAAAACCAUUGCUGCCGCUUACGAAAAAUGGGAAACUUUCCAAAUAAUGAAGGCAGUUACUUGAAUCUCUAGUCUAUUUGAUCCAAAAUUCUAUUUUCUGCUUAUCAUUCACGACCUAACGGACUUUUCUACUAUCAAUGACUGAACUUCUUAAACGAGGUCUACUUUCGCUUGUUUCAUGUAUUUCGUUCGAUAUUACAAAUCUUAAAAGA